CGUCCCGCCUACCCGCUGCUGGCCGCUGUCCCGCUGGCCGUCUCGCAGCCCGGUGUAUGUGCGGCAACAACAUGUCGGCGCCGCUCCCCGCCAUCGUCCCGGCCGCUAGGAAGGCGACGGCUGCCGUCAUUUUUCUUCAUGGAUUGGGAGAUACCGGGCAUGGAUGGUCAGAAGCACUUGCAGGGAUCAAAAGCCCCCACGUAAAAUACAUUUGCCCACAUGCGCCAGUUAUGCCAGUGUCUUUGAACAUGAACAUGGCCAUGCCAUCAUGGUUUGAUAUCCUUGGACUUUCUCCAGAUUCACAGGAAGAUGAAGCUGGGAUCAAGCAGGCAGCAGAGAAUGUUAAAGCUCUCAUAGAUCAAGAAGUCAAAAAUGGAAUUCCUUCUAAUAGAAUUAUUCUGGGAGGCUUUUCUCAGGGAGGUGCUUUGUCACUGUAUACAGCUCUUACAACUCACCAAAAAUUAGCAGGUGUUGUAGCCCUCAGCUGUUGGCUUCCUCUGCGGGCUUCUUUUCCUCAGGGCCCUAUCAGUGGUGUCAACAAGGACAUUGCUGUUCUUCAGUGCCAUGGGGACUGUGACCCGUUGGUUCCUCUAAUGUUUGGCUCUCUUACUGUUGAGAAACUAAAGAGUAUGAUAAAUCCAGCCAAUGUAACCUUCAGGACUUACUCUGGCAUGAUGCAUAGCUCAUGUAUUGAGGAGAUGAUGGAUGUAAAACAAUUCAUAGACAAACAUCUACCUCCUGUAGACUGAAAUGAUAAGUGAGAAGCCUUCUCUAUACACACACCAGCAUCAACUGUGGUAGAGUGUUAAUCUUUUCAUAUGCCUGAUAAGGGAGCAUUACUUCUGUACCUGCAGUGUUGCUACUGUGUUGCAAAUUUAUACUUAGGAUGAGGAUUAAAUAAUACACAUGUACAAGAAAAGAUAAUCUUUUUUUAGUAUUCAGCAUCCACUGAUGGGACUAUGUGCAUGAGGCAGCUGGUGACAGUGACAGACUGUAAGCUGAGCAUACUGAUCUGAUUGAAGACAUCUCAUGGGUUUUGAUGGCAGAACUAAAUCGAAGCAAGCAGCAUAAAUGUGACCAGUUUAGUUCUACUCUAGGCAUGAUUUGUUCUUAAUACUCACUUUGAAAGCAUAUUAAAACACUUGCUUUAUGUAGGAGAUGCAUAAAGUACACAACAUGUAACAUAAUGGGCAUGUGAUGGUAGAGGAAAUGCUGUCGAGGACAGAGCUUUAAAUAUUAACUGUUAAUUGUUACUCCAGAUAAGGAGAGUUGUUCUUCUAAAAUGGCUGGAAAUCAGUGUAGGUAUUUUUUAUGUUUAAACCACCUCACUUUUUAACUGUUUUCAUCUAGGUGGAUAUUGUGGAAACUCUAAAGGGACUCAUUCUGUGGUAGACCAUCAUUUGUCACUUAACUGUCUUUGUUUUGAUUCCUGUAAACUCAUGCCAAAUGCUGACUUGGAAUAGAAUUCUGAAAAAGUGCAAAGGAUUCAUUAAAAAAAAUAAUUCCUGGUUUCAUACUGAAUGUUCCUCUUGUGCUUUAGUCUUUGUAGCUUGCAUUGGUGUAGAAAUGUUGAUGUACUUCAUGGGAGCAAUUCCAGCCUAUAGUUGUGAUUUGUCUGUGUGCUUGGAGUAACUGAAAACAACGUAGCUUGUGUAGCUUUGUGUAUUGUUGAAGUCUGAUCUGUAGCAGUCAUUGACUGAUUUGAUCUUUUUUUAACAGAAAUACAAGGGCAGUUGGGAUAUAACCUCAGCUUUCAGUUGAUACCAUCUAAUGCUUUCUUUUACUGCAUGUUGAGACUUGAUUGUUUUCUGGAGAAAAAAAAAGAACAAAUAAUUCUAUUUUCAGAUAAUUGUUCUACAUUACUCUAGAUCAAUAUAGCCUAGGAACAUGAUGAAGACCUACUAUGGGGAAAAAACAAACCUACAAGGUACAGAAUGUCCCUUCUUUAAGAAGCAUAAAAUUAUGGAGCACACUGGGUCACAGAAAUUGAUGCACACUCAAGCCUUUUACAGUUAAGAGCCAUAAUUUACUUUUGGAAACAGCUAUUCUUUUGUGGAGCUGGUAGGCUGUCAUCCCACUAGGAGUGUUUACAAAACACUACAGUUUCUAACACAAUAUGAUGCAUAACAAUGUUCUAUACUAUGUUUGUAAGCAAAGAAUAUUCCUGUUUUGGAUCCAUCUGUCCUGUCAGCUCUGUGUUUCAUACAUGCAUCUAAGGUACUUUCUCCUCUCCCAGCUUAAUCAGGUGGUUCUCUUACAGUUUAGAUGGAUUUACAUCCAAGCCAGCUGCCAGUACAAGGAAUUAGACCUUUAUAUCCCUUCAGUAACAGAGCUGCUGCCAGAAAUCUGACUUUUUUUACCUAGUGCAAGUUCUCAGUUUUCAGGGUUUUUUUCCAUAUGUAUUGCACUUCAAUUUUAGGAAGCUGUUAGUUUUUUUCCUAAUUCAUCUUCUUUGGAUUAUUGAACAUCUCUUAAUAUGUAAAAUUGCAAAGGGGGUUUUAUCUAAGUGAUGUUGAAGCACUUCUAGCUCUUCCAUCUGGUGGAGAGGGCAUGUCUAUUAACUUUGAAGUUUAAUUAGUAUUUUCCCUCAGCCACUCUGUUCUAUAGAUCUGCCAAUUUGUCUUUCAGUUAAUUUAGUGCACAGAAGAAACCAUAAUAUUCUUACUGUAGUUGUGCCAAGAUUCUGUUGAAAAAACAAUAUGUACUAGCUUGGAGUCAUUCCCAAAUUGCAUUAGCUAACUUUGUAGUCCUGCUGAAUUGCAAACUUGGUAAGCAAACCCUCUGUUGCUCUCCUAGUUCUCAGUUUUAUCCUCAUUCCUCUCUUGCCUAAACAAUGGUAUGUAUCCCAUCUUCUUGCACAGGCUUCUAGUUUUUCCCUUAUUUUAUCUGUUUGUAAAUUAUUUGAUAAUGCUGUUCAGCUCUCUUGUCAAACUCCUGAUCCACUGUGCUCAUUUUACGUAAUCUCUGUUAGAAUGAGUUUAAAUAUUAUUUCCAAGAUGUUGAAAUGAGAUCAGUCCCAGUUCAUUCUGUUAGCUUCCUAACACUGUCUUCAGCUUGGUGAACUGUGCUUGCAGCUUGUCAGUUUCUAGUACUUGAGCAUUUUAGUCCCAGUCAGCUACAGUUGCCACCUCCACAGUGUUUUCAGAUGUUUUUCUAGGAAUGCUUUAUGUGCUUUGUUCAAAUUCUCAAUAUUUUUUACUUUCUUUUUUUAUACUGUUGCUUUGCUGCUUGCUUUAUCUACAAAGAGCUGUCUUGCCAAAGGAAAUAAAUGUGACUUGGAAUUUCUCUACGAAGAAUUCACCUGGUGGUUCUUUUUGCAGGACUGUGUGUAUGUUGUAGUUGGGGGAUGCUAAAGAGCCCAGAAGGCAGAGCAAACCUGAAGGACAACUGUCUUCUCCUAUAUUACAAUGUGUAUCUUGAGCUCUUGUAACUUCCCAGCUGGUUGGGAAGCUCUGUGUGUCAUCUUGAAGCCAAACUUCUUCACAGCCUGAAGUGAUUUGAUACUGGGAUUGUUAUUGUAAUUGCAUUAAUCUUUGGGGUGAGUGAUAGGUCAGUCUAAUGUAGUGGCCUUCAUAAUAACUUCAUUACAGUGGAGAAGUUGGACUGUCAGUGUUCUAAAUGUCAGUGUCCUGUCCUCAUAAACUACAGUUUGAAACUGUGUUCAGGACCAGGUUGGAUGAGGCCUUGAGCAGCUGAGCCUAGUGGAGGGGCACCCCUUCCCAUAGCAGGGAAAUUGAUGAUCUCUUCCAACCUAAGCCAUUCUAUGAGUAAAGUUUAUUUUCUGUAAUGUUAGACUUUCCCCCAAAAGGGAUGAUGUCUGUCAAGCCUGCAAAAGCAUUGGUACCAAAAUACCUUGCUUGCAGGUUGCUUCAUUUCAAUAGGUAUCUAACUGCCU